CCACUAUUACCACACCCUGCAAUCCCAUCACUGUAUUGCACUUUACAACAUCCAAUUCUCUUCAUACCUCUGUCUUCUCGUUUCCUUUUCCAACCAUGGGUGAGGCUCCAGAGGUUUUCUACAUCAAUGGGUUCUCAAAGUUUGGCCAUGAAACUCAACAAAACAAUGGUAACCACCAGAACCAUGACUCUACCUGGUAUGAGGAAGUCAUUGAUGAUGAUCUCAAAUGGUCUUUUAAACUCAACAGCGUGCUCCAUGAAGCGAUUAGCGAGUACCAGGACAUAGCUCUUUUAGAUACAAAGCGUUUUGGAAAGGCCUUGGUGCUUGAUGGGAAGAUGCAGAGUGCUGAAAAUGAUGAAUUCAUUUAUCAUGAGUGUUUGAUGCACCCCCCUCUUUUAUUUCAUCCCAACCCCAAAACGGUGUUUAUAAUGGGAGGUGGUGAAGGGUCUGCAGCAAGGGAGGCCCUCAGACACAAGUCAAUGGACAGAGUAGUCAUGUGUGACAUUGACAAGGUGGUGGUAGAUUUCUGCAGAAAAUACUUGACCGCAAACAGGGAGGCAUUUUCUAAUAAGAAGCUGGACCUUGUCUUCAAUGAUGCUAAGGCUGAAUUAGAGAAGAGAAAGGAGAAGUUUGAUAUCAUUGUUGGAGAUUUGGCAGACCCACUUGAAGAUGGGCCUUGCUAUCAACUCUACACAAAAUCCUUUUAUGAGAAAGUGGUGAAGCCCAAACUCAAUGAGAAUGGAAUUUUUGUGACCCAGGCUGGACCAGCAGGUAUCUUCACACACAAGGAGGUCUUCACUUCUAUAUAUAACACAAUCAAACAUGUCUUCAAAUAUGUGAUUGCAUACACAACUCAUGUACCCUCAUUUGCUGACACAUGGGGAUGGGUUAUGGCUUCAGAUCAACCCCUGUCAAUUAGUGCUGAGGUAAUGGACAAAAGGAUCAAUGCAAGAAUAGAUGGGGAUCUGCUCUAUCUGAAUGGUGCUUGGUUCAAAUCAUCUACCAUCAUGAAUAAGACUGUUUCACAUUCAUUGCAGAAUGAAACUCACGUCUACACAGAAGAAAAUGCUAGAUUUGUUCCUGGACAUGGCAUGGCUUAUCGCAUCUGAAGUUAAUUCAAGCCAUAGAUUGAAGAAAACUAUUGCAUACUCUCACCUCAAAGUAUUGGGUCAUACCAUGAAGAUUAAGUUUGAAGUAAAAUAUGAUCAGGGCACAUUCAAUAUUUGUAUCACAUGCAUGUCAAUUGCACAGUGUAAUCGUAAGGUGUUAUUUAAAGUGUGUGAGGAUUUGCUGUACAGAAAACAAUAAUGGAAGAGCUAGAAAAUCAAAAAAUAAGCAUAUAAUAUCUACAUGAUUCAUUAGAGUAUGUAAUUGCUUCUUCAACUUGGCCCGCGAAAUUUGAGCAAGCUUCACUAAUGCUCCAAGGAUUAAUUAAUCAAAGUGAUGAACUCAUGAAUAUUACAAUGAUUUUAAAAAUUACAGAAGGCACUUUAUCCGCCCA